AUGGUGUCUUCCCAGAGUCACGAUGCCUCAUCUCAGGAGCCUACUCCUCCUACCAGAACCGCCGGGAAGCUUGACGUGCUGGUUCAAGGUGUGGCCUUGUUUUCUGAUGGAUACAAUAUUCAGAUCAUUGGAUACAUGAACACUGUCCUGGCUAAGCUCUAUCCGAAGCAAAUGACGAAUGCCGUGAAGACUAGGCUUUCCAACUCCAUCCUCAUUGGCGACAUCUUUGGCAUGCUCAUCUUUGGUCUCUGCAUUGACAAGUUUGGUCGGCGAGUUGGAAUCAUUCUGACCACUCUCUUCUUGGUUUUGGGUAUCGUGAUUGCUACUGCUGCCCAUGGAACCUCUAUCGAGGGCAUGUUUUGGAUGAUGGUCAUAGGCCGUGGUGUUGCGGGUGUCGGUGCUGGAGGAGAGUACACCGUCUGCACUUCGCAGGCUCUAGAGUGUGCCGACAGCACAGAGGCCAUGCGAAGGAAACGCGGAAUGCUCGUCGCCGUUUCCACAAACGCCGCUAUCAUCUCUGGAUUUGUCGGAUCCAGUAUCGUCUCUUUGAUCGUCAUCGCGGCUUACAAUGGCCAGGCUAGUGAUGGCAUCUGGCGCAUAUGCUUUGGAAUCGGGAUCUUUCUUCCGUUGGCCAUCUUCUUCUUCCGGCUUCGACUCGUUGAUUCACAGCAGUACCAGAAACACGCCAUUCAGCGUAACAUCCCGUAUCGUCUCGCUAUCAAGUUCUACUGGAAGCCACUCCUCGGAUGCUGCAGCGCAUGGUUUCUUUACGACGCCGUCGUGUACCCCUUUAACCUACUUGCACCAACCCUGGUAUCAGGAUUCUCGUCUCAGCAGACAAUGAUUCAAUCAAUUGGCUGGUCCGCCCUCAUCAAUGCCUUUGCCCUUCCCGGCGCCUUCAUUGGCGCGAUACUGAUGGACCACAUCGGCCGUCGCCAAACUUACGCCCUCGGGUGGUCAAUCGUCUGCGUCCUGGGCUUCGCCAUCGGUGGCAGCAUGAUCCAACUCAACACUGUCUUCCCGCUUUUCGUCACCCUCUACGGCCUAUUUCAGACCUUCCUGUCCGUUGGUCCUGGAGAUUGCAACUUCCUGGUAUCGAGCGAGUCCUUUCCCACGCCGCUCAGGGGCCACUUUCUCGGCUUCGCGGCUGCUGUGGGCAAGGCAGGCGCUGCUAUCGGCACCACUGCGCUUAGUGCAGCGCUUGUAAGCUUUGAUGAGAAGUUGAAGGGGCAGCAAGCAAUUUUCCUGAUUGGGAGUGGCAUUUCGGUUGUCGGUACUCUAUGUGUGUGGUUCCUGAUCCCAGACGCCCCCAAGCAUCUGGAAGAUGAAGACGCUCGUUUCAAGAAGUACCUUGAAGCCAAUGGUUACGACACUAGUCAAAUGGGACUCAAGGCGUGA